UCCUCUCUAUGGUUCAGGUAAAACUUCUGCCUUGUUCUCUUAACACUGUUAAGGUUACAAGGAAAGCAGGUCCUUGCUUCCUAAUACUCACCAAGGCUAAAACCAUGGUCGAGAAUACGUCCCCAUUAGUUCCCAAUCCUCCGAUUUUCCAAACCAGCCUCCUGUAUCUUCCAGAUUGACGAAAAUGUCCCCCACUCCACCUUCCCUAUCGAGUCUCCGUCUACUACCCUGCAACGCUUUUCUCUUUCCUUUCCGUUUCCCCAUCAAAACCCUUUCCACCACAUUCACCCGAUUCCUCUGCACUUCAUCCCUUUCCAACACUCAUCAUCAUCUUCAACCCAUGCUAAUAACAAUGACGGAUAAUGAAACCCACACCCAUCUCAAUCCAUCAAAAGCCGACGAUCCAAAACCCUUAAUUUACCCAAUUCCAUUGUCUCCCCCGUUGCCUCUGAUAUCGAAGCAAUUAGAGCUGAACAGAGCCCUCUCUGCGUCUUCUAAAUCAACCCUCUUUGUUCUCUCUAGAAGCGAUGUAGUCUUCGAAGACGAGUAUCUGAUCGUCGUCAACAAACCUCAGGGAAUUUAUUGCGAGACCGUCUUGUCUGCGAUCCCUCGUCUUCUUCAAGAUUCCCAAGUUGCAUCUGCAGGGACUGGAAUGAAAAGUCCAGAAGAAUUCCAUCUUGCAAAUCGGCUAGAUCGUGACACAAGCGGUGUAAUGGUCAUAACUAAGUCUCACAAAGUAGCAGGGAAGCUCGUGAAGGCUUUCACUGAGCACAAAGUUUCAAAGUCAUACAUAGCUCUGUGCUGUGGCUCCGAUCCAAAUUGGGAUAGGAUCAGCAUAAGGUCCGGUCAUGGAAGAUCAAAUCAUGGUGCCUGGAGAGUUUACGCCGAAUCGGAUGUGGGUCGAACGCUUCCAGGUGGAUCCAUGGUCAGGGACAUGGAAACUUCAUUCCAAGUGCUAUCAGUGAACGGGAGACACAGAUUCAAAAACCCAACAACCAAAUCAAGAACUGAUCAACAAGAAGAAUUAGGUGAAGAAGAAGAAGAAGAAAUGGUAGUUGUGGAAGAUGCUGGUGUGGACAUUGCAUCGACAGAAGAGAGUAAGAAAGAUGAGAUUUUGGUAAGAGCGAAUCCUCGAAGUGGUAGAACACACCAGAUCCGCUUGCAUUGUCAGUAUCUGGGGAUACCUAUAUGUGGAGAUGUGAAGUAUGAAGGCCCUCAUGAGUGGAAAGGGAAGACUUGGGAUGGUCAUGCCCUUCAUGCUCAGACCUUAUCUUUACAUCACCCUGUUACUGGUCUCCCUCUUGUAUUCCAGGCGCCUCUACCCUUCUGGGCCAAACCUUUUCAUUCCUAAAAUUCUUUCUUGGUUCUUUCUCCAUCUCUUUAAUUGUUAAUCUUACCUUGCAAUGAAGAGAGAAAUUUCCAAUUGAGUUUACAAAA